CUUAGGCCAGGUGUAUUGGGCCCAGCCUUACCCCCAGGAUUUCACAGACCGGCAUCUGAUGAUGAUGAAGAUGAUGAUGGUGAGGAUGAUUUCCCUCGGCCAGCCCUGCCACCGGGCUACACAGCAGAACCCUCCAGCGGUGAUGAAGAGGAGGAGGAGGAGGAUGAAGAGGUGAUCGGACCCAUGCCUGCUCUUGGUGCCAUCCGGGACUCCGUGGCUCUGGACAUCGAACGCAGAGCUCAGAAGAUGAAGGACAGACUGACAGGAGCAGAUAAUGGUCCGGAGGACGUGGUGCGAGAGACCUGGAUGACAGAGCUUCCUCCAACGCUGCAGCACAUCGGGCUGGGGGCCAGAACCUUCAAGAAGAGGGCUGGACCGGAGAGCAAGGACCGAUCCCUCUGGACCGACACCCCUGCUGACCGAGAACGCAAACUCAGGGAACGACUGGAGGGAAAGGAGAGUGAAGAAACAGAACCGGUCCCUCAACUGUCUCACAAAGAGUUACAGAUGGCUGAGAAAGUGUCCAAAUACAACGAAACCAAGCGUCACUCUGAUCAGUCUCAGUCAGAUGAUUGGACGAGGGAGCGGGAGACGUUCCAGGACUUGAAGUCAACAAGUUUGAUGCAGUCUCAAAACUACGUCUGUUGA